GGCAACCAGUAGGAUCUCAGUUGCAGUUCACAGAUUUCACAUCAAGACGCCAGGAGAUGUACAUGUCCUCAAGCCUGCUCAACGCGACAGUGACCGAUACAUGUGUCCUGAUGUGCCAAACGCUUGGACUGCUGUCACGUGGGAGCAACCCAUUGGAUUUGUCCACCUCGGGCAGUACGGAAGAACAGCGAAGUUGGGGCCGAAAUCGGAGAGCCAUCAAGUUUGGUGUAGGUAUGACAUAAUUCAGAAUUUUCCUCGGUCACAUGCACUCCAACGCAGUCGCAGGGACUAUCCAACCUCCCCGCUGAUCAAGCUACAGCCCAGGCAGUCGCCUGAAAGUUUGACAAUCACUAUUGGCUGUCAGUGGACCGUUCCUCUGGCUGAAGGACAAGAUGUUGUUUACCGGUGGAAAAAAAGUUGGGACGACGAUAUGCACGAAGGGCAAGAGUUCACGACGGAGCUGAUCGACCCUACUCUGUCGCAUUCGGUUGAAAAGGAAAGGCGUAUGGUGACGUGCCAGGUGGAAGACAGAACCAGUGGAGAGACGCUUGGAUCUGCAGAUGUCAAUUUAUUUCCGAUUCCGAUCAGGGCCAUCGGAAUUAUCGACAUGAAGGACGGUGGUCGCAAGUUGUUCAGCUUCGAACCAGAAGAAUCGGUGCAAAUAAUCUGCGACGUGGAUAAGCAACUUGUUAAUAACUCAAAAGAGGUCCAGUGGUUCUUUAACUCGGGCCCCUUACGAGAGCAUGUAAAACGCAUCGACCGGCUGUAUGUUAGUAUGCUUAUUCUCCUCAACAUGAGCCCGGAGGAUGAGGGUGUGUACACGUGUGGCCAGAACCAGAGGGAGACGCAAGUUCACCUGAUUCAUAAAUCUGUUAAAUUAGCCUUGGAGUUGCAGCCGGAACUGGACACGCAGUGGGCAAAUGCCGGGGCGGCGACAGAGUUUCAUUGUCGUUUACAAGGUCGGAAAGGUGGAAACCAGCUCAUUGAUUGGUCCUUCAUCCCUGAUGGUAGUGAAACAGAAGUUCAUUUGGAACCAGACGUAUUUGUGGAUCGCCCUGACGCAACUCCUUCGACUUCAUUCAUCACGAUUAGAAAUAUUCAGAGACAUCAUGGGGGUACCUACGUUUGCCGAGCAUUUGAUCUGAAGCAAACUGCAAGGCUUGUUGUACGUGAACGAGGACUCACAGUGACGCCUGAGACGGUGGAUGCCCGUCCGGGUACAACCGUCCGCUUUCUUUGUGAGCUGUCUUCUAUCCCCGGAAUCAGUGGCGGGAAAAUCUUCUGGAUGCGAACAGAUAGAAGAGAUCUGCGUCCAGGCAAGGAGGAGGUGAUCGGUUCCAGUGGAGGACGAGCACUGCUUAUUGUAAAGUCUCUGCAGUGGGAGGACAACAACGUUACUUACGUGUGUUCAGACGGGGUGAGCAACGUGCAGGCCACCGUAUUUGUACGUGAUGCUUGUGCCCCGGGCUUCCGUUCUUGCAACUCAAGGGAGUGCGUCGAGUCAAACAGGUUUUGCGACGGGAACGCUGACUGUGCGGAUGGUUCCGACGAAGAUCCGUCAAAAUGCCUUGACUGCGCACCGAACGAGUACGCCUGUGAGGUUUUAGAAGGAAAAAAACCUCUAAGGAAUUGCUAUCUCCAAUACUGGCACUGCGACGGAGAGGACGACUGUGGUAACAACUUCGACGAAUCAGCCUGUCCACCACUCUCCAAACCCGAAAGGUGCAAUGGCUCUCAUUUCGUUUGCCCCAGUAGCGGAAAAUUGAUUGCACGUUCAUUUAUGUGCGAUAAAACUCCGGACUGUGAACCCGACGGAGAGGAUGAGGAGGAAUGUAGUUUACCAACCAUUAUUGACCCAUCUGGUGAGACCCAACUGUUUGGUCUGCAGUCUGGCACCCUUACCCUGACAUGCACAUCCUACGGUCGUCCGCCUCCGGCCAUCAGCUGGCGCUUCAACUGGGGUGGAAUAAGAGAGGGUGUGGAUCACUCAAUCAAUACCACUGUCAUCGAUUGCAACAAAGUGAUCAGUCACUUAACGCUGCACAAUUUGGAGCCCCAAGCAAGCGGAUUGUACACAUGUGAGGCGGUAAACAGAGGACGCGCACUGGCACCGGACAUCUCGGUCACGGUGGCAAAAGGCGGAUUAUGCACACCACCAAAUUUCAACGAUGGAGCAUGGUUUGAGGAUAUGUGUCUACCGUGCUAUUGUUCAGGCGUCUCCAGUGAGUGCUACAGUGCGAAAGGAUACAUAAAAUCGCCGACACCUAAAUUUUGGAACUUUGCAAAAGUGCCAUGGUCUAUUCGUGUCUAUUCUAACGGUGAUGCUCUAGAGACGGAUGAUGGGGUGGAAACCACGGACAAGCUAAUUCGCUUCACUGGCAGACAUGAAGGCAAUGUCUUUCUCGAGGGCGCCUUUGGGUUCCAAGGGUCCUGGGUGAACUCCUAUGGAUAUCACAUUAAGUUCAAACUCCGGCAAUUCGGGAGCACAAGCGAUUUCCUUCCUGGUCCUUUGCUUGUGUUGCAUAGUCCGAACCAGUCCAUAUACUGGUGCCCACCUGGUGACCGCAUCAUACUGUACACCCUACCAGUGGGUUACGAAAAUGAACUGUCCGUGCUGUUGAACGAACGCGAACGUUGGUACCUGGAUGCAAACUGUUCUCGUCGUUUGAAAAACAGCGGUGGUCGUAGGUUGUUCAUGAGCGUUCUCAGCGAAGUGGAACGUGUUGGCAUACGCGUUAAAAACUACAAGACUCAAGUCAGCACUGAGGUGCAAGAUUUGGUUUUAGAAUUCGCAACUAAAUCCGAUUUACCGGGUGCGUGGAUAGCCGAAGUGGAACAAUGCGUCUGCCCGCCUGGGUAUGAGGGAUUAUCUUGCGAGCGUUGUGCUUCCGGAUUCGAAAAGGAUCCAUCGGAGAUCGGACGAUGUCGACCAAAAUGUGCCUGCGACAAAUGUGACGAAUCUGGUGCUUGCCUGGAAUGUCCGGGCAAUCGUAGCGGACCGCGUUGUCAGCAUUGCCAACCAGGCUUUUACAGACCAGGACGAAGCGCAUUGUCGGAGGAUUGCAUACCUUGUGCAAAAUGCGUUGGACCACAUGUACAUGUGGUAAAAGACUGCAUUGGCGUCUCCUUCACACACGAUGAUCAUGUGUGCAAAUGUCAGCCCAGAGAGGACGGUAAACUCUUGAGCCCCGAAUGUGAUCUGUGUCUAGUUGCGCAAACCCAAGGGACCCAACCACCUCCAGAGGCCAACUGCGAAGCGAAGCCACAGCCCUUGGAAUGUAAUGCGAUUGGGACCAAGACAGUCUCAGAGACCCAAGAGUGCACAUGUUAUGAAGGCUACGAAGGGCCGCAAUGUAGCCACUGUUCGGCAGGAUAUUUCCCUUACUUGAAUCGCUGUCUUCAAUGUUUCUGUGCUGGACAAACAUCAUCCUGCCAACUCGCCGAGGAUUACCGUUUUGUCAACAUUAGCCUAGUAAACCCAGUUGGAGUUUGGUCUGAUAUCUGGCUGGCAAAACGGACCCAAUCCGGCGGUCUUGAACGCGUCGAAGACACCGCAGCAGAAUCACCACGAGUCGAACGCACGCAAACAGGGUUCGUUGUUCACCGGCCGCUACUGGAAAAGGGAUUGGUUCAUUUGGCUAUUCAGUUAACACAGAAGAAUGCGGCAGUCCCUCUUAGUAGUGACAUACCUCUCUACCGUUUCUUGUAUGGCGGUCAAAUGUCUUUCCGGUUGGAUUCGGCUGAUUUAGAUCCUAGGCUACUCACCCAAGGGGAUGCAAGAGUGGUCAUCGAACUGGAAUCUGCUCGGUAUGGUCGAGUAUGGACGCAAGCUGCCUUCAAUAUUGCCAACCAGAAGUACGAGGUGGAAUUUGAUGAAAAUUGGUGGCCGGGAGGUUGGAAACUGGGUACCCCAAGCAGGAUAGACGGACACGGACCCCUACAAGGUCUAACCCGAGGACAAUUACUCAGAGUACUAGCCACAACAACUAGCAUCGGGAUCUUGACCAGCAGUGGCAAGAGUGAAGGCCCGAAAGGGCUGAGGUUGUUCGACAUUUUCAUGCAGAUCGCAGUGCCGACGGAUCAUAUCGCAGCUAGGGCAGCUGGACCAGCACUAGCGGUUGCACCUGUUGAACGUUGUGACUGCCCACUUCCCACUCAGCCAGGCGAACGCAAGUUGUCGCUAAGUUGUGAGGGCUGUCGAGAUCCAAAGAAACAAACCGUCAUCCGUUUGGAGCCACUUGGUGAAGAUUUUGGUUGCGCAGAGUGCUCUGGACCCAGCUGUGACGAGUGUCCCAGCGGAUUCUUUAAAUACAAUGUGUACACCGGGGAAAGGUAUGAAACAUGUCAACCAAGCCUAAUUAUCGAAACUACCCCUCGGGCUAUUAUUGUGGAGGAGGGUGACCCGGUCAGUCUGUUUUGCCGCGCUAGUUCCUACCGUGAUGGCAUCGUUAUCCACGAGUGGGUUGCGCCAGACACAGUGGACAGAGCUCGGCUCAUCACCAGUCGUCGUGCAUUGCCUCCGACAGUGUCCCGAUUAAUCAAAAAACAACAUGCUCCCAACUACACUAUGCAUCGGUCCGAAGCGGGCCUGCAUUUACCAGCUGCGGACAAAGGAGAUUCGGGUAAUUACACCUGCCGAGCGACUGGAGUGGGAGCCAUUGUAGAAGAGAUUACCUACCUGCUCGUCAGAGAUAAAGGUCCAAUCGUUCCACUGUCGGUACCUGAAGGUGACUCACUGAAUAAGAAAUAUUCGAUCAAUGUACCGCGGAACCGUGAAUCGCCCGCUUGGGCGACGUAUCAAGUUGAAGCUGACCCGACGGAUACCGGCACGACCAUUGUCAGAGCUGUCGCUGAUAAGCCCUCUGAGUUAGCAAGCCACCAGUUGUUGUGGCUUAGCGCCAACGGAACGCGUAUACCAUCUGAAGAGCUGAUGGUGGACGAGGGCACGGGUGUGAUUCAAUACCGCCUCAGUGUACCGCACGAAUCAAUCGAACGAAAUGAACACGCAAUGCAAGGCUACUUCGUCGGCACUGACCCCGUGUCCAACCCGUAUUGGACACCAAUGAAGCAACCCGAAGUUACCUGGAGAGACAAAGAGGAGGUCCUCCCCCCAGAUAUCAUGAAGCCCCCGUCUGAAGUGCGAAUACCCUUCAUGCAGCCGCAUGUCUUGGAAGUAAAGGUCAAACCUGGGAAAUCGAAGAUACGAGUGGAGUGGAAGAAGGUUAAUUACACUUCGGAGGAUACUCCUCGCCGGUACUUACCAGACGGCGUGGAACAGGACGGAGACAAUCUGAUCUUUUGGGCUGCUGCCAGUCAGCAUGAAGGGGUCUACAAUGGCACUGUCUAUAGGGACAGUGACGGUAUUGAACUACAACAUUUCAACACAACAGUUCAUGUGGAUCCGCUGCACCAUGGCACUGAAAAGCAUUUGGGCCGAGGUGAAGCUGUUGAUCUACCGGAAGACAUUAAAGAUCAGGAGGUCGAAAAGGCUCCCGUGGUGUGGGACUUUUUAGUUCAAGGGUUUACACCAGAGGCAGAAUACUGUGCAAACCCGACUUGGACCUUGACUGACUACCAAGGCGGAAGAACUAUUGAUAUCACGGAUAGAGUUCAUCGGCUGUCACCGACAAAUUUCCGAGUGGACUAUCCUUUGACCAGUGGGAUUCACUUGAAGUUCCAAUGCAAACCGGUGCCUCUCAGUCAUCUCACCGGAGCGAUUUUGUUCAACAUAUCUUCGGAUGAUCCGAGGAUUGUAUUUCAAACAGUUUAUGACCAUCCGAACUCAACUUUCCCCACGCGGCUCAUUUGUCUGGACUUGAACCCUAGCCUCGACUCGAACGUCUCGAUAACUGCAGACUCAAUGCGUGCUGAAAAGCUUAAAGAUGCGCUAGUCAGUGUUAUUCAAGAAGGCGGAGUGCACCAAUACGGGCUGCUACCACGGAAAGUUGAACUGGACUGGAGGCGUAUAGGUGGAUUCGACCCUUUCUAUGACGCAGGCCGUUUCACUUGCCUCGUGAGCAAUGUGGAGACCAGCGGAUCGAAGACUGUCACCGUUCCGGAAGAAAAAGUUCCGGUCGAAAUUCCCGAUGAUCCCAGUUCUAGAUUGUACAUCUAUUCCCCGGAUGCUUAUGUGGGUUCAGAAGUGGACGGGAAAGCCGUUGUGGAAGUCAAUGAGGGUGGACAACUGAGACUAUUUUGUCACUAUGAUUCACGACCCAUGGAGGACUUUCAUGGAUGGAGUUCGGAAUCCCCAAUCGUGCAAUCGCACACGCAAAUCACCAUGAGGCAGUCUUCCUCCCUGGCAAACUUUUCAAUUAUUCCAUUGGAGUUGGAUGAACAAACGCUUGAGUGUAAAGUGAAAGAUAAGGUGAAAUCGGUGCAACUAAAGGUGGUCCCGAAAGGUAAAACGAGGAUGUUGAUCCGAGUGGCCAGUGAAGCCCUUAGCGAUGACCGAAUUGCAGCUGUUACCGGACAAGAUAUGGAAUUGCGAUGCGAAGUAAAACAUAUCACCAGUCCACCAGUGAGCAUUGAUCGCUUCGACUGGUACUUGCAAUAUGGUAACGGGGUGCGACGUGCUGUCGGAAGCAGCGGCUUAGCAGAGAGCAUUGAGCUCGAAGAUAGGGGGAGGAUUCUCCGUUUCACCGGACUAUCCAAGACUCCAACUGGAGCGAAGAUUUUUUGCGUCGUCCGACCCACCGAUGUGCACACGGCUGUGCAGGCCUAUUACAGAUCGCAAUUGGUUGACUUUUGGAUUCGAUGCCCCAAGCUGAUCGCAACCAUUCAACCGGUUGAUCCACAUGGGUUCGUCGUUGGAGUCGAAGGUGGAACUAUUCGCUUGCAUUGUGCGACCAAAGAUGUUUGGCGUAAUAAAACUAUGGAUAAGCUCAACGUUACCUGGGAGACCAGAAUUACGUCAGCCAAAGGAUCUCUUCCUCUGACCGAUAGUGACAGACCUUGGAAGGUCACCAAACCACUGAACUCCUACUUUUUCAUUGCUGGCCUACAAUGGACACCCAAUAGGGUCGGUCAAAUACGGUGCCGUGCUGAGGAUCCCUUCAGUGGAGUGUUUGCAUUCUCCGACUGGACUCCGAUAAAUGUGCUGCAGGAAAAAAUUGUUUCCCAAACACCUCGGCUGCGGAUAGUCCCUGCGGUAAAUCCGACUUUUCCCUUCUACCCAACCAAAGUGGAAUGCGUGGAUGACAAUCUUGAAAUCCCGUCCGAGGUGAUGUGGACUAGGCAGACAGGACCAAUCGCACCUGAUCAAGUUGACAGCCGACCCAAUUCAGCCACUAUAACGUGGAAAGUCGGUGAUGCUGAGCAAUUUGACCCGUUCACACAUGCUGAUGUGUACACGUGUACAGCAACGAAUGCCCAUUCUUCGACCUCACAGCAAUACUUCUUCCCGGACGAGAUGAUGCCCAAAGAACCAAUCCCCUUUGGUGAACACAAACUUAUCAUAUCUUCCUCCAUCAAUGACUUAUUCCAUGAAACCGAUGGCUCCUACACCCGAGUCGUCCAAGGUCAUCCUUUCGAACUGUUGUGUACCUACUACGGAUAUCCGUCACCGCCGGGGGGACUGCUUUGGUCUGUCGAACAUGUUGGCGGCACAGACAGGAGCACCACCGGUUCAGAGUGGAUGGCUGCUCAAGGUCUUCGGGUGAGGGCUGGUCGACGAUACUGGACUCAGGUAAGCACAGAUCGCUUCGAUGAAACCGGGAAACACGCUGGCAUAUUCCGAUGCGCCGCUCUGAAUGCUGACGGAACAGUGUACAAGCAAACACAAGUCCGAGUUGAGCUGUAUCAAGUCAUUGUCAAGGUGAACGAGCUUGCCGAUUCAGGCCUAAUCGAAGGAGUGGAGGGACAAAGUGGCACUAUCAGUUGCAGUGCCUACGAUGGUUAUCACAAUUUUAUCUUACCGGGGGCAGUCUAUUCCUGGGAAUUUGAGAAGCUGAACGGCGCUCGCGUUCAUCCAAAUCUAUUAGCAACAAAAGUGCUUUUUGAUGAAAAUCGUGUGAAUUAUGAAGGCCUGAGUCCUGCCUCUGCAGGGAUUCGAGCUCGCUGCGUGGCGACCAAUAAUUCAGCAAGAUACGUAUCCCCAGACUUCGGGUUCCGCGUUCGUCGGUUACCGAAGGGCGCAGUAAUACGACCAGAGAUAGAACAUGGAGGAAGGAAGUGGGUGAAAGGAGAUGGAAGCGAAGGCGUUUUACUCGUGAUCAGCGGUACCAAUGAGGUCACUGGGCACGUGAGCAUCUCAGAGGGAGACAGCGUUAACCUGACCUGCAUCGCCAUAGAUGCGGUCACCAAAAAGCGCCUCAGUGGAGGUGAUUUCUCUUUCGGCUGGCGCGUGUUCAAUCUCACUGGUGAGCCGGUCGCAGCUAGCCAAUUGACAGAGGGUUCACUUCAAACACAAUCCUCCAGCGAUGGUGACGCUGGCUACUUCUUGAUAGAUGCGGCGCGCACCUCCCCAGCAGCGCCUAGACCAACAGCCAUGAUCGAGUGUCUCGCGACGAAGAGGAGAGAGGCGGUCACAUACUACUCAUCCACAAUUGAUUAUGUUGUGUAUCCCAAAGAAGUAAUACCGGAUUAUGAGAAGGAGCGCAGGAUUCGAAACGAGCGGAACAAUAUCCAAGUCAAAGUGGAUGGUCUCGAUUCUCGUGGAAUGCUAUUUGCCAACGAAGGAUCUGUCAAACGUCUCAUCUGCGAGGCACUCGACCGCUCCAAGGGCUCAAAACCGAUGGAGAGUGUUCAGUACUCAUGGGAGUUCAGCCGCCUAGACGGUUCAUCGGUAGACACCGCCGUGUUAGUGCAACCGAAUUUCGGUGAAAUCCACUUUAACGGUAGCCAAGUCAUGUUCAGAGGCCUACGGCGUGAAAGUGCAGCAAGAGGUCGCUGCAAGGUUGUGAUAACAGACGAAUCCACAGGCGAAGGCGAACGUGAAAUGGUUCACUACUCACCGUAUUUUAAAUUCGACGUUAUCGAUGACAGUGGUUUGGGUCAUCGCGUAUUUAUCCCUCCAGCCAAACCAGAAGCACUAGACGGCUUGGUGGGCAGUGUUGCCGGGUUGGAUGAAAACGGCUAUCUGACCAGCUCUCCAGGAGAAGAUUUUAAUCUGAGCUGCAUUGUCAUGAAUGCAAGUACCGGAGAGACGUUUACCAGCCCUCGUUUGGUUGUUCAUUACGGUUGGGAGUUUCAACAAAGUAACGGUCUUCCGGCCAGCACAUUAGAUGUCGCCGAGUCUGUGCAAACCAAUGAGGCGAAAGGCGAGUUGAAAAUGAUGCAGCUACGGACGCAACCAGACAUUAAACCGACCAGGGGACGAUGUGUCAUAGAACUAAUACCGGUGAACGACCAAGCCACUCUGUCCCCAACAGAGAAGGGAUUCAUUGGAAGACGGUUCUCCAGCCCGUACUUUUUGAUCAACGUGCCACCAAAGGAUGAGAUUAUGCCCGAUUAUGCGGACACCACGCAUCAACGAUACGAGCUGAAUGUACAAGGGCUGAACGAGUUUGGAGCACUUCCUCUUCGACUAAAAGAGCUGGCGGAACUCACUUGUCUUGUACGAGACACUGAAACAGAUACCUUAAUGGACAUCCUAUUGCCGUCACAGGCCAUCGGCUGGCAGCUCCCCGUACACCUCAGUGGUCAAGUGGGAAAUCUGGGCGAUGUGGCUCGUCGGGUACGAUCGGACCGGACGAAACUCUAUCUUGACGACAUCCGCGAAGACGUCUCCGGUGGACUACGAGGUCGAUGUUGGUUCUUCGAUGGAUUGGUCUAUUAUUACUCGCCCUACUUCCCGAUUGUCCAGCCGCACCAGCUGGCUGACGCUCGGGUAACCGUUGAAGUCCGGGAGGUUGGCACGGAGGACGAUCGAAGAUACGUUUGCACAGCCUACGAUUCUAACACAGGAGCUGUGUUGCAUGACGUGUCUUACGAUUGGUCGUUUACCGCGCCCACCGGAGAACUGGUUUUGCCCAGCUAUUACAUGGAAUCAGUAGAAACUCAAGGUAAUCUGCUUGCAGUGCGUCCUGGAGGAUAUAGCCAGCGGCUACCAGCGAACCUACGAGGCAACGGUCCUAUCGAGGGUCGAUGUCUCGUUCUGUACCAAACUUACACCGGCAAUCUAACGAAGCCUGACACCGUGGUCGUGUACGGUUCUAGGCCCUUCAUACUGAUCGAUCCAGAGGCUGACGAUCCGGACCGAGUCCUCAUCCGACCUGAGCCGUACGAAAAAAGUAGACGAGUGGUUGUAAAGGUAGAGGGCUUAACUCACGGCAUAGUCUCUGCUCCAGAAAGUGGUACGGUGACUCUGACUUGUAAAGCUAUUGAUACCCAGAAAAUGAGCCCCAUCGCCGAUGCUUCUUAUCGGUGGGAGAUACAGCAGCGUGACGGGUCUCCCGUGAGCACUAGUUUUAUAACGCACAAAGCAGUCCUGAUCCAAAAAGUUCCUUUCGGAAGUCAGUUGACUUUGGUUGGUCUCAGGCCAAAGGCAGCUGGUGCACGCGGUAGGUGUAUCGUUGCAAAUACUUCUGCGACCCCCGCCGUCGACAGUCUCAUUACACCUGGAACAGAAGUUGCAUCGCCCUUCUUCGAGUUCCAAGUUCAUAGAACACCCUUGGAAGUCAGUGAGUACCCAGACGAGGACUAUGAAGGACAUAGCGACUUUAUUGUAGAUGGUGACUCUAGAUUGCACGAGGUCGUCGUUGUUGGGUUAGAUGAAAAAGGGCGGUUGGUAGCGAAGCCAGGAGACGACGUGAAGCUAGAAAUCAAAUUAAAAGCUAAUGGAACGGACAACAUUUUGACUGAAAACAAAGUAACCUACGGAUGGCAAUUCCUUGAGCCUACAGACGACGUCCUGAUGAGUCCACUAGCCGAAACCAGUCAUCUUUCCGGACCGGUGCUCCAGCUGAGAAAGUUAGCGCUCCUUCAAGGGAAGGCAAUGCAGUUUACGCUUCGGGGCUGGUGCCUCGUGGAUGUGUCUCCGCGCGACCAGGUGGAAGACGUACCAGUGAAGCACUAUCGAUCCAAUCCCUUCAGCUUAAUUGUCAACUCAGCCACAUAUAGGGAAGAUGACACCGACGCAACCUUCGAUGUGGCAAAAGAACUGUUUAUCAGAGUGGACGGUGUCUCGGAAGACGGAAUGCUUAAAGCAAAAGAAGGUGAAGACAAAGUUCUAGAUUGCAUUGCUAUCGAAACAUCUACCGGAUUUCCUACUGCGUCUCCCGAGGUCACCUAUGGUUGGGAAUGGCGUAGUUUGGAUGGGGAUGUGGCAGAUAUUAGCAUGCUUGCAAGCGACAUUGCUUCUCACGCAAAUAAACUGCAAAUCAGCGCUCUCAAACCCACUACCCCGGUUAAGGGUCGUUGUGUUGUGGUCGCGCCUUCUCCACUGGAAAUCCUGGACGAUGAUAUUGAACAGAAACCAAAAAAGCCUCCACAAAAGUACCUGUCUGAUUUCUUUUUUGUCAGCGUUGAACCAGCAGAUCCGAAAACAGAACAUCUCUUACCAUCUUGCAGACCUGUGGAAGCCAAGGACGCAGAAGUUAAAGUAACCAUUUGGCCCGGUGAGGAAGAAACUAUCACGUUGCAAUUCGGUUCGCAACAUGAAUUUAUCAUUACCGCUACGAGAUCUGACGGAUCCUCCGUGCAGACUACGUCCACUGGUUACGAGCUUGCUUACUUAUCUGGUGAACCAGCCCCGACCUCAGAGAUCGCCAAAGAGGUUAGUUUUUCCGUCCACCGGGGAACGCUGAACAUAAAGGAUAUCCAGUAUCCAACGAAACCGUUGAAACUACGAGCUUUCGUGCAUGUAUCGACAACAAAGCUAGACGAAAGCAAUGAGGAGGAUCAGUCGGCCAAGGAUAAAUCGUGUUCACCCAUCAUUUAUCGUUCCGAGUACAUGCCGAUUAAUGUGCUGACACCAGAAGGUGAAAGUCAACCUCCCUGGAUUGAUCGAUUAUUCCCUAUUUACGAUGCUGCCGGUGACGCAUAUAAAGUGACGGUGCUUGGGUUGGAUGACGAUGGGAACGCUGCAGCCGAACCGGGUGGAACAAUCGAGCUGACAUGCUCAGUUCAUGACAAGUUUGGUUUUGAUGCUGACCUUGAGUUCAAUGGUUAUAGCUGGGUGUUGCUGAAUGGUAGUGGACAUUUGGUUAGCCCGAGUGCUUUGGCAGACAAAGUGGAGAUCAUCGAAGGGAAAACGUUACGUGUCAGUGGAUAUCACCCGUCCGCAUAUCGCCAGGGAAUACGGGGGCGUUGCGUCAUCAACAUCCCAGUUCCAGUUCCAGUGAAUGCAACCCUCUCCCCAGAUGUGCCACCAACACAGCGCUUUAUAUCCCCGUACUUCACGUUCACACAGAAGGAACCCACUGAUCUGGUGGACAAACCUGAAACUGAAACACCGACUCCCAGCGAGCAUGAAACCACACCACCAGUUACUGAUGGGGGCAGGCCGGCAACUACAGGUUUCACUUUGGUCGUCGACUCACCAAGCAACCCCGUCUACGAAACAAAGGAGAAUAAAAACAUUGUUUUGGCCAGAAUUCAACGUCCAUUCGAGCUAAACUGCCGCGCAGUCUUCGAUGCUGAAAGCGGGCCGCCACUUUCCAGCAUCGGUGAACCACUGCCGCGUCUUGUGUGGUACUACCGACAACCAGAGAUACCGGGCGACGUUCCGAUUCCGUCUCAACUCUUUCCAGUGAGACCUCCUAGAAUGGAAACUUUACAGAUCACCGCACAGUCGAAUAGCAAAAUAUCGAUUCAAGCGGAGUCUUAUUCAUUCAGAGACGAUAUGGCCGAAUUCCACUGCAGGGCCUACAUGGAGUCGGACGACAUCGCGGAAGAGCGAGUAGUUUACAUUCAGAAAAUCCAAGAAAAGUACAAUGUCCGUAUAUUUGACGAGGACUCUCGAGGCCGCGUGUACGCAUUUGUGGGAGUGUCAAAGACGUUGACAUGUUACGUGGACGACAUCGCCACCGGUGAUCGAGUGGAACCCUCAAGUUAUCAGUGGGAGAUUGGUACUGGGGAAGAGGGCGGAGAAUGGCUUCGGGGUAAUGAUCCGCGACAACCGGCCAAGUCGAUCAGUGGUUGGACAAAUAACCAAUUGGUGUUAGAGUCGCUUACCCUGCCCGUAUCCGGUAACACUGCGGAAAGUACCUACGAAUUCCGGUGCACAGUGAAAUACAAUGAGACAUUCGACACAAUCUCCCGGCCAUUUGUGAUGAACAUCCGGACGAAACCACGAAUACGACACAUUCUUAUUGAUCGUGAAAAACCCAUUGAGUCCGCAUUGCCUAUCAGUGGGGCACUUGAAGACUCGUACGAUGCCACCCAAGACUAUCAACUUGGUUGCAAGCCGGAAAUCAUCGGUGGUGAAGCUGUAGCCACUUGGCAGAAAUGCCUUGAUGAUCAAUGUGAAGUGACGAAGGACCUUCUACCAACCGGGGACAAGAUGUUUCUGUUCGCAAACUCCACUAGAUACACCGAUGAAGGACUGUUUCGUUGCCAAGUUAGCUUGCAACUGAAGGAGUACAACUUUAAAUUGACAGAAACAAGGGAGAUAACGAUUAAACGUAUGGGUAAGCUUACUGCCGUUUACUAUAGCGAAAAGAUUUAUGUCGACCUGGAGUGUUGA